AUGGAAAUGACUCAUAAAGUCACAUUCAGACAAGUUACGAGAAUUGUAUUCAAUGUCAUAAUUCAAUAUCUGAACUUUGACGACAUUAUGAGCCUAAUUACUGCACUUAAUUUACAAACCACCAGACUAGAUUAUGGCACUAUAAAACUCGCACAUCUAAACCAAGUGGAAUAUGUAUUUAAAAACAAACAUCACUUUAAUUACUUAGGAUUGGUCAUAUUCGGAGUAAACUUGGAAGAAAAAAAAAUAAAAUUUAAUAAAUCUGUCAAACGUUUAAAGCUCAACCGAAUACAAAUAUACUACAUACCAGAUUUAAACCACCUGUCGAACCUACAGCGAUUAAAAAUAACUAACAAUCCCAUAAAAACAAUCAAUAAAAACAUUUCCACGAGUAUAGAACAUUUAAACCUGUCGUAUAAUAAAAUAAGGUCUAUGAAAAACAUCGACCGCCUAACAAGGCUUAAAACACUGGAUCUGUCGUGCAAUUACAUAACUAAAAUAAAUUACCUAGACUACUCGACUCAAAUAACAGAACUCGAUUUGUCAAAUAACGGUUUACAAAUCAUAGACGGGCUUAGCAAACUGAUACACCUAACUAAGCUAAACCUUUCCAAUAAUAAAAUAAAAAAAAUACAAAACCUUGCCGUAUUAGGAAAUUUAAAAGAACUGAUUUUAAUAAAUAAUAAAAUAGAAAAUCUUGAAAAUCUAGACAAUCUUACAAAAAUUGUUUACCUUAAUUUAUGCUGCAACAAAGUAAAUCGAAUACAACAUUUAAAUAACUGUCGAAGUCUCGUAAUUCUUGACUUAAGAAAUAACAAAAUAGAUAAAAUAGAAAACUUAGAAUGGAACAGAAAUUUGGAAAUUCUUCUCUUAGCUAAUAAUCAUAUAUCCCUAUUGGAUAACAUAUUUCAUUUAAAAAACAUAACUGUAUUAGAUUUAGGGUUGAACCCAAUUUACACCGUAGACGAUAAGAAACUCAAAGAUUGUUUUAUUCAUCUACAAAAAUUAUACUUACCCAAUUUACCUACGCUAUUUAACUAA